AUGGGGCGACGUAUUCGCUCCAAUCUACCUGUGAAGGAUGACCUUCUUGACACGGAGGACGGUGAGACAGUAAGACAGCUCAAGGAAUAUGAGAGGUCAAAACAGAAGAUCUACUAUGACAUGAAAGCAAGACAGCUCCCAGAGUUACAUGAAGGUGACGGAGUGAGGCUCAAGGACAAAGAGGACACCUGGGGAAAGAAAGUAUCUGAGUGUAGCAGUGAAACAGUAGAAGAAAGCGGGAGAGUUUUAAAGAUGAGUGCAGUUUAUCUGCUGCUGCUGCUGCUGGUGCUGGGCUGCAGUUUGUUGGAGGGACAGUCAGUCAGGGUGAAUAGCAUCACUCUGAGGGGUUCUGAAGACAGAGGAGACAGAGAGAACGAGAUUCAGGCUGCUGAGAAUCCAACAACUGAAGCUACAACCACAACCUCCACCCAACAAAGCUGCCAGCAGGACAUCCACUCUGUACUGAGAGAGAUGAGCGCUGUGCUGGCAGAGCUGAAAGUUGAACAGAGACACACGACGACUGCAGUGAACAACUUAGAGAGCAGACUGAGAGCCAGUGAGAGUCAAGUGGAGGAGCUGAAGAAGAAGAGUGAAGAGAAGCUGAACGACUUGAAAACAUCACUCAACAAUGAAGGAAUCAAGAAUCAAGAGAAGCUGAACGACUUGAAAACAUCACUCAACAAUGAAGGAAUCAAGAAUCAAGAGAAGCUGAACGACUUGAAAACAUCCCUCAACAAUGAAGUGGAGAUCUUAAAAAAGGAGAAUCAAGCUCAGACAGUGAAUCACAGCACACUGGAGGUGAGAUUUGAGACUGAAGUGGAUGAACUGAAGACUAAAAGUGAUGAGUCACUGAAAGACUUGAAAAACUCCCUGAAGAUCACAGAGAACAAUGUGGAGAUCCUGAAAAAGGAGAACCAAGAGAGAAAAGUGGUGUUUUCAGCAUCACUUUCAGGCGGGGAAGAGGCUCAUCAUGGACCAUACAGCACUGAUGUUACUCUGGUCUACAAACACGUCUUCAUCAACAUCGGAAACGCUUACAACCCAGUUACAGGUUUCUUCACUGCCCCUGUCAGAGGAGUCUACGAGUUCAAAAUCUACGCUUAUGGAUACAGUGGAAGAUCUGUAACAGUGUCCUUACAGAAGAAUGGACAUCAUGUAACAGGAGCACAUGCUUAUCAAGACCAACACAAUGUAAAUUCCUCUAAUGGAGUCUCACUGUUACUGGAAGUAGGAGAUGUUGUCUGUGUGAAGGUCAGAGCUGAUGCAUGGGUAUAUGACAAUACAAAUCAUCACACCACCUUUAGUGGUCAAAUGCUGUUUCCUGUUUGAGCAGUUUAACUUUAAAUGUUCAGUGUAAAGAGACUCUGUGAUUUUCAGUAACUAACUUCAGAAUAUACAUUUUAAACUCAGAGAGGUGAAAGUUCAUCACUGUAUCCGUACUUUAUCCUUUAUUUUCUUUAAAAUAAGUAAUACUGUAUAUCUGCCUUCCAUGUUGUUGUAAUGACUAAAAGUGUGGAGGAAAAUAAGUAACUAAUAAUGUGUGAUCUUCACUAUGUUACCAUUUCACACUUAAUGAACAACAUAAUCUCUCAUGUAAUUCAUAUUGUGAUGAAAUGAGAACUGAUUUUAUAAAAGAAUAAAUCUGAACUUGUGAUCUGUAAAA